AUGGCGCCCCUAGCUUUCACGGACCUGACGGAGCAGCAAGUGGUGGAAGUGCUGUCGUACACGGCGGUGCCGGACCCAACAGCAGGGCCCUCAGAUGUGCUGCGGACCAAGGCUGCCCGCAACCAUCUUGCGGCCUGUCUGGGCCUUCAAGGCCACGGCAACGACCAGAAGAAGGCGAUAGAGCUCGAUCUGUACUUCCAGGCGUUCCAGCAUGGCGCAGCGGAGAAUCUCACCCCCAAGCAGAUUUCUGCACUCGUCGCCAUGGUCCGCCAGACGCACCUCCGCGCGAUCGGCAAGCGCUUGACGGUGGAGAGGUCCUUCCAGGGCUUCAAGGACCUCCUCCUGGACCACAGCAUCCACCGCCCGCCCUUCAGCGAGGGCAUCUUCACCCUGCGCGAGGCCCACGCCCUCAUGGCCUGGAUGCUCACGGCGUACUACCGCAACUACAAGCUCUACCAGUACGCCUUGACCACCGGCCGCACCUGCGACGUCACCUCGCGCACGGCCGGCGACGGCCUCGUCGAGUACCCCCCUGAGACCCCCCCCCUCGAGGAUGCCACUCCCAUGGAGGAGCACGAGGCCAAGCUCGCCGAGGAGCGCAAGGCGAAGGAGGAGGAGGAAACCGCGGCGGCGGAGGAGGCAGCGAAGGAGGCGGAGGAGCGGCGCGAGCGGGAGUUGAAGGAGGCGUACGACGGGUCGCUUCCAGAGGAGGUGCGGGACAAGGUGGCGGCGGUGCUGGAGGCGGAGAUGACGCGGAUGAAGACGGACAUAGAGGGGAGGAUCGCGAGCGAGACGGCGGCGCUGCAGGAGCGCCUGCAGGGGCUCGAGGCGCGGCUCUCUGCCAAGGGCAAGUGA